AAUAGGAAAAGUUGGGAACCAGAAGCGAGUCGUGGGUGUGCUGCUGGGCUCCUGGCAGAAGAAGAUACUGGACGUGUCCAACAGCUUUGCAGUACCUUUCGACGAGGAUGACAAGGAUGACACCGUGUGGUUUCUAGACCACGACUAUCUGGAGAACAUGUACGGGAUGUUCAAGAAGGUCAACGCUAGAGAAAGAAUAGUUGGUUGGUACCACACAGGCCCCAAGCUGCACAAGAACGACAUCGCCAUCAAUGAGCUGAUGAAGAGAUACUGCCCUAACUCUGUGUUGGUGAUUAUUGACGUGAAGCCAAAGGACCUCGGGCUGCCCACAGAAGCUUAUAUUUCAGUGGAAGAAGUUCACGAUGACGGCACCCCCACCUCCAAGACCUUCGAGCACGUCACCAGCGAGAUCGGCGCCGAGGAGGCCGAGGAGGUUGGUGUUGAGCACUUGCUACGAGAUAUCAAGGAUACGACGGUGGGCACCCUGUCCCAGCGCAUCACCAACCAGGUCCAUGGCCUGAAGGGACUGAACUCCAAGCUUCUGGACAUCAGGAGCUACCUUGAGAAAGUGGCCAUGGGCAAGCUCCCCAUCAACCACCAGAUCAUCUACCACCUCCAGGACGUCUUCAACCUGCUGCCCGACGUCAACCUGCAGGAGUUCGUCAAGGCCUUCUACCUGAAGACCAACGACCAGAUGGUGGUGGUUUACCUGGCGUCCCUGAUCCGCUCCGUGGUUGCCCUGCACAACCUCAUCAACAACAAGAUUGCCAACAGGGACGCGGAGAAGAAAGAAGGACAGGAAAAGGAAGAAAGUAAAAAGGAGAGGAAAGACGAGAAGGAGAAGGACAAGGAGAAGAGCGAUGGCAAGAAAGAGGAGAAAAAGGAGAAAAAGUAAAAUGUGUAGUUUUUUAUUUGUAAAUUAAAAAAAAAAAAUCUUGUAAACUAA